CCAUUUUGCAGGAACCUGCUGCUGGAGUUGAGGAUAACCAGUCCCUCCCUCUAUGACAUUUAUAGACAAGAUUGGAUAGAAUGAGGUAAUGGACUUCUGACAAUUCCAGGCUUUCUGUUUAUCAGCACCUGUGUAGUUAUAAGCUGACUUAGGUUCAGUGUUAAUAAUGGGGCUGAUUUCUUGUUUACUUGUUCCCUUAAUAUUAAAGAACUAAGCUGAAUCAUGUUCCGGCUACUGUCCUCCUGCUGGUCUCGGCUCAAGACAACAGAAGAGACACGAAGGAAUGUAACCAUCAUCAUCAUUGGAUUAGACAACUCAGGCAAAACUGUUCUUUUGGAGGUCUUCCAAAGACUACUUCCCAGUAGGAUGAGCCAUUGUGUGAAAUCUGAACUAACUACACUCCUAUUGGAUGAGUAUGAAGUUUCCAUCUAUGACCUGAAUGGAGACAAGAAGGGCCGAGAAAUCUGGCCAAACUACUAUGCGCAAGCACACGGGCUUGUUUUUGUCCUGGAUUCCAGCGACUUAGAACGCAUGCAGGAAGUGAAGAUCAUCCUAACACGUCUGCUGUCUGAUAAAAGAGUGGCAGGGAAACCCAUCCUACUCAUGGCAAACAAACAAGACAAGAAGGACGCCCUCCUACCUUGUGAUAUUGUCAAAUAUCUACUCCUGGAAAGGCUAGUAAAGGAGAACAAGUCUCUGUACCGAGUGGAACCCUGUUCAGCCAUCAAAAACCUCCAAAGAAGGAACCAUCAGUCCAUAAUUGAAGGGCUACGCUGGCUAUUAGCUGCUAUUGGUGAUAAAUAUGAAGAGCUAUGUAAUCGUCAACAGCCACUCACCUCAAGCUUUCCAACCUCCAAGAGUACCAGAGGCUCUGGCGAAAGAUGCUCAUCAGACAGCUUCACUACCAGGAUGGGAAUGCCCAAAGAAGGAAGACAGCAUCUAGGACCACGCUCAAUGGAAGCUAGACCCCUAAAGCCAAUCCUACAGAAAGAAGGCUUAAGAUUAAGGCCUAAAAAGAAUAUAUCGGUGACAUUUGCUUUAGAUGAACCCAUGGAGGAAGGUGAAUGUUCUGGGGGAAAUGGAGUUCGGAACACUAGUGAGCUUCACUAUAAACAGAGUGAUGACUUGCAGCCCCCAGCUCCAUAUGUUGAUGACGAUCUUUUUGAAGGUAAUGCUGGAUCCGCGGUUAGUCAGAGAAAAGGUAUAUAGGCCUUCUCUCACAAUUUAUGAAACAGCAUUCCUAUUUUGAGUCUGAAACUCUUCUCAUACUAUGGUUGGUGGUCAGCAGAAGUGAGUGAAGUGCAGGGAGAGUGCCUGGGGACCACCAACUGGUAGCCCAGUAUGAUGCCCCAGCACUGGCUGACACAAGAUCUUUGUUUGGAUGCCUACAGGGUUAUCCUAAAGGUUAUGAUUUCCAGUGGUAGAAGUAUA